CUCAGGGGAGGAAGCGACGUGAGGAAUGGCGGACCGCCAGGUGGCUCAGUUGGGGCCCGGAACCGCGUGCUGCGGCUGGAACCACUGCGGCCGGCGCCUCGCCGCGGGCGCCAUCGAUGGGUCCGUCUCCGUCUACGAUUUUCAGCCGUCUCCCUCCUCCAGGUGGCAGGCCCAUGAGCACGCCAUCGUGAAUGUCGUCUGGCUUCCUCCAGACUAUGGAGAUGCGAUAGCUUGUGUCUGUGCUGACGGGGCACUGUCUUUGUGGGAGGAGGUUGCUGAAGAUGAUCAACUUCCGACCUGGAGGAAAUGUAAAGUCUUUGAGGGUGGCAAUUCCCACAUCCUAAAUGUACAGUUUGGUUUGCUGCUGUCAAGUCUGAAAAUGGUUACUGCAUACUCAGAUGGUCAAGUGAAAGUCUAUGAACUCUUGAAUUCGUUGGAAUUGGACAAGUGGCAGCUGCAGGCAGAGUUGCAGAACAUCACCGAUCCUGUUUCCAGAAACGGGAAGCCAGCAUGCAUAUCUGCAUCAAUUGCAUGGAGCCCAAGAAGAGGUGAAGGCCAGCAGGCUAGUUUUGCUGUUGGUUUCAAUUCAGAUUCUCCAUAUUUCAACUCUUGCAAGAUUUGGGAGUUUGAACAAGCUCAUCAGCGCUGGCUUCCACUGAUUGAACUCGGUUCAGCGGAAGAUAAGGGAGAUAGAGUACAUUCUGUAGCAUGGGCUCCUAACAUUGGCAGACCAUAUGAGAUCAUAGCAGUUGCAACCUGCAAAGGAAUUGCAGUCUGGCAUGUGGGCUUCAACCCUGAAUCUGAUGGCAGACUAUCAACAGAAAAUGUUGCUGUACUUCCCGGCCACAAUGGAGAGGUAUGGCAACUGGAAUGGGACAUGGGUGGUAUGACGCUUGCAUCGACUGGAGGUGAUGGCAUGGUUAAGCUAUGGCAGGCUAACUUAAAUGGAGUUUGGCAUGAGCAGGCUGUGCUUGACUGCAAUGGUUCUCAUGAUUAAGCUGUAGAAUUGUCUAGCUCUGCACCAUCAAGAUAGGAUCAACUGAUGUUACUAUGUUUUCAUAAUUCUUCAAGGUUUCUUGCUGUCACCUAUUGUGGAUGGUAUGGUGCAUGGUUGGCUUUGUCCUGACAAAAUUAGGCUCAUCAAGAUGAAUGCAUGAUGUAAAUGCUUCUUAUCCUGAUCUGGUUGAUGAUGUAACUGUUCUUAUGGUCUUGUGAUGGAUUUUUUUUCUAAUAAUACGACAUGACCAUUUUAGAUA